AUGGAAGGUCAUGAGGUAUUAAAACCACUUUUAUUUGAAGGUUGGGAGGAUAUUUUUAAAGGCGUUGGUCAAGUUUUUCAUGGUGGUGUUGAUGAGGUGCGCCUAGCUUCCGACAAAUAUUGCAGCAAGUCUGGUUAUAAAGUUGUAAAGGUUAAGAAUGAUAGACUUAGGUUCACAGUCAAGUGUGGUAGGAAUGGAGAUUAUCCGUGGUAUCUGCACAAUAUUCCAAUUGAUAAUGCUAAAAGUGUAUUUGCUAUGAAGGAAUUCAAUGGGAAUAAUACAUAUGGUGGUGAUUUUAAGGUGAAGAAUCCCCCUGUGAAGAAGAAAUUGAUUAAACAUUUAAUGAAAGAUCAAAUACAGUCAAAUCCGUCGAUAAAGCCUUUGGAUAUUGUUGCUCAGGUGAAGAGUUAUUAUGGUAUUAACAUAAAGUACCAUCAUGCUUAUAAAGGGAAGGAAGCAUCUCAGUCAGAGAUAUAUGGUGAUGAUGUAAAAAGUUAUAUGGAUCUUGUUUGGUCUGUCGAAGCAAUAAUGGCUACCAAUCCUGGCAGCUAUGUUAAGUUUGAAUUUAAUAAAGAGGCUAAAUGGUUUGAGAUGCUUUUCAUUUGUUUUGCUGCUUGUAUCGAAGGAUACAAGUUCGUUUUCCCUAUGCUUUAUUGUGAUGCAACAUUUCUCACUUGGAGAUUUAAGGGACCAUUGAUGGAUGCCACUGGCGUGAAUGAGAACCAAGGUUUUUUCCCUUUUGCAUUCGCUUUAGUUCAUGGAGAAGACAUUGAAGGUUGGGAAUGGUUCAUGGAAACUUGCAGUAUUGUGUCGACGAUUGUCCUAUCAGCUUUAUCACUUAUCGUCAUGAAGGGAUGA